UUUGGAUGAGGUCUCUCGCCUGCCACUCUUGUGCCCUGCCACGCUGGGCUAACACAACACCGAGGGCCAGCCAAGCUGCACAUGCCAAAAGAAGACAGACACGGCCAUGGAGCAAACUGAACGCGACCUAAAUGCUACCGCCCACCUCAGCUUUGCUGCAAUCUACAACAUCCGUGAUGGGGAUUUCGCCUCGUUGAGAAACUUCUCUUUCAAUUUCACUUACAGUGAUUAUGACUUGCCACUGGACAGUGAAGAUGACAUGACCAAAACCCGCACCUUCUUCACAGCCAAGAUUGUGAUCGGGGUUGCUCUGGCUGGCAUCAUGCUGGUCUGUGGCAUUGGCAACUUCAUCUUCAUUGCUGCUCUGGCCCGCUACAAGAAGCUGCGAAACCUCACCAACCUGCUGAUUGCCAACCUGGCCAUCUCAGACUUCAUCGUGGCCAUCGUGUGCUGCCCCUUUGAGAUGGACUACUACGUGGUGCAGCAGCUGUCCUGGGAGCACGGCCACAUCCUCUGUGCCUCAGUCAACUACCUACGAACUGUCUCCCUCUACGUUUCCACCAAUGCUCUCCUGGCUAUAGCUGUUGACAGGUAUUUGGCCAUUGUCCACCCACUGAAACCACGCAUGAAUUAUCAAACAGCAACCUUCCUCAUUGCCUUGAUCUGGGUCAUCUCCAUACUUGUAGCUAUUCCAUCUGCAUACUUUGCUACUGAAACUGUGUUGUUUAUAGUGAAAAACCAGAAGAAAUUUUUCUGUGGCCAAAUUUGGCCAGUUGACCAGCAGAUGUACUAUAAAUCAUAUUUUCUCUUCAUCUUUGGCAUUGAAUUUGUAGCACCUGUGAUUACAAUGACCUUGUGCUACGCCAGGAUCUCUCAGGAGCUUUGGUUUAAAACUGUCCCAGGAUUUCAGACGGAACAAAUCAGAAAGAGGCUUCAGUGCAGAAGGAAAACUGUCAUGGUACUAAUGUGCAUUCUGACUGCCUAUGUUCUCUGCUGGGCACCUUUCUAUGGCUUCACAAUUGUCCGAGACUUCUUCCCCACGCUCUUGGUGAAAGAGAAGCAUUAUCUUACUGCCUUUUACAUAGUCAGGUGCAUCGCCAUGAGUAACAGCAUGAUAAACACCAUGUGUUUCGUAACCGUGAAAAACAACACCAUGAAGUACUUCAAGAAGAUCAUGCUGCUCAGAUGGAGGUCAACGUAUAAGGGAAGCAAAUCUAGCACAGAUUUGGACCUGAGAACAAGUGCAAUGCCAAUCACAGAGGAAGUAGACUGCAUAAAACUACAAUAA